AUGACCCAAUUCCUACAACUCUUCCGCACUCAAGUUGUUUAUAAAUGUACCCGCUUAGGGCACAAAAAGAAGUUUGGUUUCUGGAUGAAUAUCCAACCCAGUUUAAAUUUACGAGAAUCAUGUUGUGUGAACUCACCUUUAAAAUCGGACGACGUUCAAGUAGUUAUGACCUACAUGUCAAGCCUUAAUGUAUCAGUUGAAAAUGCAAUUAGAGCAGUAAUAAUUUCAAUAGUCAAAGAAAGAAUCAAUCAGAAGAAUAUGAUUUGUACUUGUCUUUGUUGGGCAUGUCUUGUUUUCAUGUUUGUAAAGGCUUCAAAUGAUACAGGUGAUCCAAGGAAAGUUGCACACCUUAAGCAACUCGAAGGAUCUAAGGAAAGAUUACGUCUGUUCCAAGCCGAUUUAAAUGAAGGCGGAUCUUUUGAUUCUGCAGUUGAUGGUUGUGAUGGUGUCUUUCAUGCAGCAUCACCCGUGUUCUCUUCAGUAACUGACCCUCAGGCAGAACUUGUAGAACCUGCAGUGAAGGGAACACUCAAUGUUCUUAGAUCAUGCAGAAAAGUACCAUCCGUCAAACGGGUUGUGUUAACAUCAUCUACGGCUGCAGUUAUGGUCAACAAGAAUCCUCCAAGCUCCGAUGUCAUAGUCGACGAAACAUAUUUCUCAGAUCCAGAAAUUUGCAAGGAAAAAGAGCUAUGGUAUCCCCUUUCAAAAACAUUGGCAGAGGAGGCCGCGUGGAAAUUUGCAAACGAAAAUGGCAUCGACUUGGUAGUGAUGAAUCCUUGCUUGGUAUUAGGCCCACUUCUUCAGCCAACUCUCAAUUUAUCUUCUGAGAUGAUUUUGAACCUCGUUAGAGAAGGUAUUUUCUGUAUGCAAUCAAAAUCACGUGUGAGACAAUCUUUCAGUGUAGCGUUGAUUUUAUUCCUUUGAAUAGGGAUAUGAUUUCAUCAUCAUGGUGUCUGCAAUUCAUUUUCUUAUUUGAUAAAUACCCUUAAAUCAAUCAUCAGAAAUCUUGUACAAGCAGACACCAAGCAUCGCCCA